UUCUACAAGUGUACAAAAUCACUUCUGCGGUAUCAGCAAUAAGGCUUGUGGAAAGGGAUAAUUAGAUGGGGAGGUUUAAUCACCUAGUACCGGUAUAUCCUCGUUAAAAUGGUGAAAUUCUUGAGCAUUUUGCCCAUCCACACUACAGACAAUCAGCAGCAGGAACUCUCAAUAACUGUCAGCUAUGUGAUAGCUUGACCAAUCGCAGCACAGCUCCUGUCUUUUCCUUAAAUAAACCUUGCCAUCUGACAUGUAACUUCACUAAGCAGGCAUGUAUAAAAUUUGAUUGCACAAAUAGUCAUGAUGGAAAGGUAAGUUGGCACAAUCAAAAUGUGUUUAUGCGAGAUUGUACAUGGCUAUCAAGGAAGUAGAUGAUGGGAAGGUAACUUACGGGUACCUUUGGGAAGAAAAGAGAAAUUCCCCAUUCAAAUGGGAAACUCUCCUUUUAUGGAACUCAAAGUUGCCAUUUUGUUCAAGUUGUUGUAGCGACUUAAAUUGUAUGCUGAUGUUCAGGGAUACUAUCAAUGAAGUCACAACGUGCUGGUCAGAUGCACCAUUCGUAAUUGAGUCUAGGGCGUGUGCACAUGUAUGCCGAUGACUAUUUCUUGAAGGGCACAAUGUCUACUGUAGGAACUUACAUUUCCUUGUUAGCUCUACAUUUUUCAGUUAAAAAAGGAUUAGAUCUCAUGAGGCAUUUUACCCUGCCAACAUAAUGUAUACAUGUACAUAUAAGUGUAUAUAAGGCAUGUUUUACUUCAAGUUCCUUAUAGUAGUUAAUGUUCGACCAUAUGUACAGGUCUGUUAAUGAAUCACUGCAAAGAACAUUUCUGACAGUAGACUCUAAAUAAAACAGGGCUUAAAAGCAGAUUAGUUCAAGUAACUUUUUCAACUGUGUUAGAGAAUGUCUGUAAUACUUGCUUAUUAGAAUUACAUGUAAAUGUUGGUCAAAUCUCAAACAUCUGUACUGUUGCCUCUAAUACUGUGAAUGUAGAUGAUGUACAAAAUGGGGUUGAUAUUACUAUGAAUAUUCACCUUUGUGUCACUGGCUGUAGCUACGGUACUCAAGACACACUAGCCUGAGGCUGAUGUUCUCGCAUUUGUUUUGUUUUUCAUGAGUUUUCGAUCACACUGAAUUGUUCUUUUGUUGCAUUUGCUGGAUUCUUUUUGUGCACUAAGACUACCCCCAGAACUGUGGGGUCCAAACUCUCUUUUUUUGCCCGAUUGUUAUACAGAAUUCUGCGUUGUAUUAGAAAGAGAUGUACGUACAUGUGCUUGCGUAUUUUUCACAUUGUGGUGACAUGCUUCAAAAUAGAAUUUUCCAUUGAUAUUAUCUCCUGCAGAUAAGUGAUGAAAAUGCCAAAAUGUCCCUUAAAAUUAUAGGCUCAAAAGUACUGAACCAUGAUACCUAAUACACAUCGACUGAUAAAUGUUUUUCCAGACAAAAACAGAUAAUGUAACAUUGUUACCAGGCAACUCAGUACCAUUGUGGGGCAUUGAGGAAAAACACCUCAUGCCUUUCCUGUGUUGAAGGAGUGUAUAAACACUGCAUUGCAACCAGUUGCAGCAUGUUGGAGAGGGUGUUAGACUUGCUCCUAACUGUUUUGCACUUGGGGUAAAGUAUGUGCAUGUGUUUGACCUCUGUCUUCUGCGAGUUAGGAGUAUUUCUGGAUCCUUGCCUACUGCAAAGCCCCUGAAGGAUAGCAAGGAUUGGGACUGAAGCAAGUCUAGAUAUCAGACUUUGGACUUUAGUGGCAAACAGUAAACCAAUUUGUGUACGUGAACAAUCGGACUGUACUAUUAUUUUGCUUUGUGUUUUGUUAACUUCAAUAUUGUCAGUUUACAAAGUGAAAAGUGUGUUUUAAAUACGAUUCCAUUAUUGGCAAAUCUGCAUUUUUUUAACAGAUGUUUUGUGUUUGUAAUAUUUUACUGGGGGGGGGAGAAUUUAAUCAUUUCAGUGAUGUACAUGUGCUCUGGAAUGUCAACAAUUAACCAAACCAAUAAAGGAUUUUGAAUUUGUUGUUUACAUUAUUUAAUUUUGCUUUGGUAUGCUUUCAUGUCACUGUAUGCACAGGUGUGUACAUCUUGGGAUCUUAAGUUAUUCCUUCCCCCCAUUGUUAAUGAAGUUAAAAGUUUCAAAGUUAUUUUUUACAAUGCUCAACUGUACAAUUUGAUAUGCACCAUGUGCUCAUCAAAUCUAUCUCCACUGACCCUCUAGGCCUACAUCAGCUGAAAAAUACUCGGAUCAUUGUGAAAAUGAAACAGGUUGUCAGGUUGUGUUUUCUUGUCUCUGUCAAGGGUAUCAAAAUUGGUUUCCGUUAUCACAGAGUCAAUAACGAAAAUAUGCCAUGGACAUUUUGGCUCCGGCUUGGCCUGUUGUAGGUGUCCUUGUGUGUAAUACUGUGGAAUACCGGAACAUCAGUUUAUCUACAGUAUAAAGGCACACUGUAAUCUGCAGCAUAAGUCCACUAGAAACCGGAAGCAUUUCUGGCAUGUUGGCAUGGUUUCAUAAUCAGCAUGUACCUGACAUAGUUUGCAGAAGUCAUCAGGUUUCAGUCACAUUGUUCACGGAUGUUAAUAUUUUGGCUGAACUUUAUCUUGUUCUGAACACUUGUGCUCUACACAGCUGAUAGAGUUCAGCAUUUGUUAUAAUAUGUACUAGUACAGGUAGUUUUCAACCAUGUACCUUGCAUAUUGCAGUAUACCGGUAACUGCCUGUUCAUGAAAUGUUUAUUCGUACACGAAUAAUGGAUAGAAUAGAUUUUUCAGGUGGGAGUUUGAGAUAACUAAAACAUUUUGUUUCAUUUGGUUUCUCCCACACGCGAAGCCUAAGAUAGAGUUACUUUUUUCUGACACAUUCCAAGUUCUCAACUCCCAUUUCUCACAAAAGUCUCCUUGUGGCAAGCAUUUUAAUAUAAAUGAGUUGCCGCAGAUAUCUCUGUGGUAAAUUUGUUUCAAUUUUUUUCUUGAAUUCAGUGUAGCUGCCCAUUGAGCCCUGAAAGUUGGUUUCAAAAGAUGCUUUGAAAUUGUAGACACUUGAGUGUACAUGUAUACAUAGCAUACUUUAUACAGUACAACCUACAUGUACCGUAACUAAAUCAAUUAGUCCCCACAACUCAUCUCUCGGCAUAUGGCCUUAGUUGCUGUACGUUAUAAAAAAACUUUGAUGUAGUUUUUGUUCACAAGUCAGCAUUAAAUGGUGUUGUGUAAACUGAAAUAAAAUUGGCCUGUUUAUCUCAUGAACUGACUGUCAUGACAGCAACUUGCUGCAGCUACAUGUAGUUUUAUGGCUUUGUUAUUUUAUUUCAAAGAUAUGCAAAAUCCUGGUUACGUACCGUGGAUUGCAUAUUGACAUGCUGUCAGUGUCAGCAACUGAUACCUAUAAAUUGAUUUGUUGGUAAACUUUGCUUCAUCGUCAACUGUCGACAUCCAUGUAAUUAUUUGAUCAAAUAUUUUAGACAUCAAUCUUUCUUAUUAACAUUCAAGCCCCACUUAUGUGGUUUUCCACACAUGUAACCAAAUUUAGAAAAAUAAGACUAACUGCUGGGUAGCAACCAUGGUAUGAUGUCUACCUGCAGAUAAAGUGGAGAUAAGAAUUUCAGCGGCGAGACCGGAAAACUAAACAAUAAGAUCACUCAUAAUUACUCUAGCUGUCGUUAGUUAGUGCAUACAUGUACAUGUAGGUACUCGCUUUGCUGUGUUGGGGCCUUUUCAUUAUAGUGUAAGCGGCCAUAUGGUUAGUCGGUACAGGUGUAGUCUCAUCCUUGUUGGGAAUAUUUCCUUUCAAGAUUUUGUUCACCACUUCAAGGAUGUCCAUGUUGGUCACAAAGAUGGAGCCAGGCUGUGAUAGUGCACCUGCUCUCCAACCUGAGUUUGUGGAUUUUUACACCAAGUUGUUGCAGAGCUUUAUCCACCCGCUUGGGAAAAUCAGCGCCAGUGAUCCAAAUCCACUUCAGUUGGCUGCUCAUUUGCAGAAGGUGUUUGACGUCCCUAGUGAGAUCCACGCGGACAUGAUGCAAGACGAACUUGGCAAUAAGCCCCCAGCUUGCAUGCUGAAAGUCACAGUGGUUGAGGCCAAGGACAUUCUCGGCAUGGAUGCAAACGGAAUGAGCGACCCCUACUGCCUCCUGACUAUAUGUAAGAAUGAGCAUCACCACUCCCCGUCUCACGAGAAGCACCCACACCUCACCCACUGGAACUCCUGCCCCGAGGACCCCACCAGUCCCGCCUCCACUCCAGUCACCAGCCAAUCGGAGAAGGUCAACCGCCGGAACUCGGACGGCCGGCGAAGCUUCAAGAAGGGGAGCCGGAAGAAGUCGGACGAUGGCGGUGCCACCCUGCCCAACCAGAUCCAGAAGCAGCGGUCAGACACCCUGACGGUGUCCGGCAAGGCCCACAACAGGCGCAAGAACUCAGCCGAAGGGAGCGCCAUGGCCUCGCCCAGGUCGCCCAUCCACAGCCAGUCCCUAGAGGCAGAGUUUGUCUUCAAGACCAGCUGUCAGAAGGCCACACUGCAUCCUGUGUGGAACGAAACCUUUGACAUUGCAAUAUCGUCCAUCAAAGACACAGAGCUGACCCUGACAAUGUGGGACAUGGAUGAGGAGACCAGUCUCUGGCAGGCCUGUAAGAGUCUGGAGUCAGAACACAAAAUGGCAGGAAUUAAAAACCUGUUUCGUCACAUCAAACACGGUAUCAACAAGAACACUGACGACUUCUUGGGCCAGGUUGUUAUCUCCUUGGCCGACCUUCCGGCAGUAACCCGCGUGGAUCAGUGGUACACGUUACACAUCAACUCCAAGGGAUCGGGUCCAAGCAACGGUGGAAAGUGUCACAUGCGGCUACAGUUUGUCCGUGAAGAGGAUUACUCAAAGAAAGGCAACCCUUCCAUGCUGACGUUCUACCAUCAGUUAGCAUCAGCAGUGUACAGAUAUGAAGGCCAAAAAUACAUCAGGGAAGGCAAAGGGCCGUGGGACGGGAAACUUCCUGAGAUCAGCCGACACAUGCUGAACUGCUUUGCGAUACAAGCAGGCAUCUCCAAGCUCUCACAGACGCUCAUAAACCUCUCGUCUCUUCUGGAGUUUCACCACCACCAGAAUUCCCCAACCUAUGAAUUUCUGUCCUUGACAAGGCUGUCCAUAAGCAGUCUAGGGAAAGAUGAGGUAGACUCAGUGUCGGUCAGCAGCCUGCUGGAGUCCACGGACAACAUCCAAAGGGCCGGAGAGGAGAAAGGACAGAAAGACAUCAACAGCAAACCAGGAGAGGAAAAGGCUAAAGAAGACACGGACACCUCGCUGAUGGACCGGGCCUUGAGGGAGGCCAUGUUCCACGUCCAUGCUGAAAUGAUUGCCGAAACCACCUUCUCCAUCUACAGCAAUGAGGCAAAGGAGGUGAAACAGAUCUAUGCCGAGAACCCCAAGUUCCUCUCGUACGAGCUUGAGGUGACUGAAACAUCAAUAUCCACUUACAUCGAUCACUGCAUGAGUCCUGUGGGAGAUUGCCCUGCUCUCUUCCCUCCUUCCGACGUGCACGUCUUGGAUAUUCUCAAGUCCAAAUGCAGAUUAAACAACAUCUUCAGCCUGCUCCAGAUGAAAGUGUGGAAGGACCGAAACUCCAUCCCGCACCAGCGAGUCCGCAAACUCAUGGAAGAAGUGAUAGAGUUGGACACCCGUAGGUGGCUCAGUAACAAGUUGGAAGAACUACCUCAGCCUGAGGGAUCGCUGAAACCAGCAGAUUUACUGAAGCUGUUAGACAGACUUGGAGACGUCAUAGGAGAUAUAAUGGCUCUGCUGAGACCGACCAAGGAAUACCAGAACUUCUUCACCAAGUUCACGGUUGACUACAAUAAAGCCGUGGCCCGGGAGAUGGACCGCAUAGUGUCAGCCAGUCUCAAAGAAGUCCUCAGCAGUCUCAACCAGUAUCAAGUCCGCUACCAGAAGUUCCCGGAAAACAUCGCCGAAUCCAGCAAGGCUAGCCUGAAGCUGUACAUGACUGUGAAGAAGAUGUUCUCGGUGCUGAAGAGCAACAACCACACGUGUGAGGGUCUUGAGAUGGCCAACUACCACACCUGGUUCCAGGAGGGGCUCAUCUUCUGGUUGGUCACCUUCAAAUACGAGACCUUUGACCGUGUCCGCAGAGCUCUGGAAAUGGACAAGGACGUGCAGCUGGUCCACAGUGUAGUCAAAUACUCCAACUCAGCCGUUGAUGUCCAGUCUUGUUUCGCAAAGGUAACGGAAGAAUGGCACAAGAUAGGCUUUGAAGGAGUGGACAGCAGGUGUAUGGCUGUCACCAAAAUCACAGAUCUGAUUUGUGAGGGUGCCAAGUUGUACGCUGCAUCUAUUCACAAAAAGCUGGAGCAGAAUGGUUUCUAUCGCAGCAUUAGCGGACAGUUUGACAUCAAGGACAAGCUGUGCAUCACGCUGAACAACAUCGAGCACGUCCGGGCCUACCUGGACAACCUGCCUGUCCUGCUGGACUGGGAGCAGACGGUCAACGGCCUGGCCACCCACCACCAGAACCUGACGGCCGGUAAGCUGACCCUCAGCACCCUGCAGCGCAUGACCACCAAGGCCAGCCGGGACACUGUGGGCAUGUCGGGCCUGCUGGAAAGGAAGAUCGCCGACAAGAUGUGCCAGGAGGUCUUGAAGGUCCUGGGCAAGGUGGUCAACCCUAAAGGGGAAGCUGCCACGAAAGAAGAGCACCUGGAUGAAUUCUUCACCUACAUUGACCAGAAUCUGGAGACACUGUACAAGCAACUGAUGCCUCAGAUUUUCCCUCGAAUUGUCGAGGAGGUCUGGAACGCUCUCCUAAGAGGAAUUGUGUCCCUCAUGCACAUUGGCAGGCAACCCCAGUACUACCAAGAACUUAGGGAGAGCCUGGAUGCCCUGGAGAGCUACUUUCAACGUCCCGGACUGGCCCUGGACCCGGCCAAGAUCCAGGGCCCCCAGUACAAAUUCCUGCUGGGCCAGCUGGACCUGAACGCUCUGAGCACCCAUGACCUGAUGCUGUGCUACUACAAGGACCUGGCCACCGACAUGGCCACGCCUGGUGAAUACUUUGGUCACCUGGGGGUCAGGAUAGCGUGCAAGGAGGAGGCAGGAGGCAAGAAGACGAUCAUCGUCAAAGUGUGCAAUGCCGUGGACCUGCCUGGCAUGGACCGGAGAGGUACCAGUGAUCCCUUUGUGGUGGUGGAGGUGCUACCAGAGACAGCCUUUGACAAGCCACUGGUUCAGCAGACACGACACGUGCUGCACAACCUCAACCCAGUGUUUGAUGAAACAUUCCAGAUUCCGUCUGUACCCAUGGACCUGAUUGAGGCCGGCGGAGUCAUGAGCCUGACAGUCAUGGACUACGACGUUCUCUGGAGCAACGAUUUCAUCGGUGAGGCCUUCAUCCCACUGCAGCAGGCACGGCCGAUCACCACAAAUCAGUCAGUGGAUCAGUGCCCUGUCAUCAUGAUGCCUGUGAAACGGCCCCAUGCUUGCUCAUCGGGUGCAUUUGACAUCCUGAAGAACCGCUGCAAAUGGGACAAAAACGCUCGCAUGUUUUACGCCCGAAGACAGAAGGCCAUCGAGAAUCAGAAACCGAGGACAGACAAGGGGACCGGGCCACCGAUGACCAAUUCCCGAUUGGCACCCUUCCUGAGGCAAACUUUAGUGAGACUUCAUAAUUACGUGUACAGUGUCCCUGCUCUAACUUCAGACAAGGGUCCAGUUUCGUAGACGAGUCCAUUAAAGACUGGAACAUGUUGCAGUUUAGUCAUUGUGAUGGUGUUGGUAUACUGACUGUCCAUGCAUUUCAUUUGGUGCUUAGCGAGUCUUCUUCUGCCUAACACAAUGCACAGGUGGCUUAGCGAAAAUUUCAGCUGGGUAAUAAUGCAGUGUUAUGUUGCAGUGCACAUAGCCUUACCUUUUUUGAGUUACACCUUCUGGUGGCCCAUUCUACAUGUAUCAUUUCAGUGGUGCAUUUUUAGAAUAAUGGUCAAUGUGAUUGUAUCCAACAAUUCACUUGAAUAGGAAUGGAUUAUAGUAGACUGUGUGCAGAAGCGCCCCGUCAGUAGUAAAAAAAAAGAGUUUAAGGAGUGCCCUGCACUCGUGUCUUAGCCCACCUUCAGCAUCUGAGAUCUUUUUGAAGACUGAAGGGUUGUAGAAGCCUUAAAAGGAAUCAUCUUAUCUUGCAGAAAACCUGUAACCUCUGCCAUGCUAAGCUUAGAAUCUUAUUCAUCUUAUCUUGUUUGUAGCAAACAAAUCGUUUCCUUGUAUAAUUUGUGUGAGUUCCAGGUGUUUUGACACCAAUAUAUAACAAAGUUUGAGUGCUGAAGCAGAAUUCUCAUACACCGUAGAAUAGGUUGCUGGGUAAACCUUCAUUUAAAAUUAAAACAACUUUGGUGUUUUUAUAUGUUACUUUUUACCAAAUCAUUGAAAUGGAGUACCAAAGUAUGAUGUCACUGUGAACCAAAAGUGCAGUGCAAACGAAUGGUGUGCUCGCGCAUGUUGGUUCAUGCGCUGAUUUUCACCGUGAUGCGUUUUACACACAUCAUUGUACUUGUGACAUAUUCACUUUGCCACUCUCGACACGUUAUCUUCUGUGUAUAAUUUUCUAUUUGUUGUAUUAUAAAGAAUUGUAAAAGUUUACAUAGAAAUAGCAAUAUUUUGCCAAAAUUCUUGUAGAACCCAGUACAAAAUAGUCUCUGAAUUUACUUAAUCUCACUUUGCAUUAUUCAAUUAAAGUGCAAUUCGUAGAUUUUAGUCUUUUAAUGCUUGCAAAGCACGGAAUUUAAAUUGAUAGUUUACUUUCAGCCACGUUGAAAGAGAAAAGGAGGGAGCACAUAUGGUUGAUAAAUACAGGUUGAAAGUUUACAUACACUUUAACGGAAAGUGUUGCAGUACAAUUUUUAAAAUGUUCCCAUUCUUGAAAACCAUUCGUCUUCUCUGUUACUGAUCAUGCAGCCAGCACAUGCACUUUUUUUAAACGAACCUGAAAAUGAAGUAUUGAGAAUACACCACAUGAUUGCCAGAAAUAGAUGAAAUCUUAAAUCUUGGAAGUGCAUAUAGUCCAAUUUCAUGUAAACAUCCGGCUGCAAUUCAUCUGUACAAAUUGCCAGUUUUUGAAGCUCCGACAAUCCGUGAACUUAUUUUUCAUCUUGUGUUUUGGCAUUUCAACGGGGGCAGGAUUACAUACUUGUUCUCUGAUGAUUAUAUUGUCGAAUGGUGGAGUGGAGGGGGAAGGUAUCGGUGUGUGUCUCCACCAAAGAGCUGUGUCAUAUAUAACUCUAUGGUCCCCACCCACCUUUGGGCCAGACCAUAGGUCACACUUGUAUACGAUGUAUAUACAUGUAUGUUAACUACCAAAGCACUGUCACUGUCAGGAGUGCUGUUUGGGACCUGCUUUUGUCUUUGUCUUGCGUAUUACUUUCUUUACUGUUGACAUUUCUGAUCUCGCCAUCAUCUUCCCCCAUUUGCGGACCUCAAAUCCGUGCCUUUAUUGACAGGGACAUACUGGUGUUGUCACUGGAUCAACAUCAGACCUCCAGACCGAGUUCACAAAGCCAUCAGACACAAGCCAUUUUUCAUUUGUCUCCGUGAAAAGCAUUCCUUUGUCAUUGUUCAACCUGUAACUUGUGACUGCUCUUGUGUCUGGUCUUGUAAUGGUCUUAAUAUAACUUCGACCCCGAAAGGGGUGGCAGCCUAGCCGUAGUGCAGAUUGUAUGGGGGUGGGUAUAAAUUAAGAUAUCCGCAAAGUUUAUAAUACCGUGGUAUAAAUUAGUAUUUAUGCGUAUUGGUGGAGUAUUUUUAGACCGUUAAGCAGUGUUUAAAUUUGAGUUGUCUUUUCCACACUUGUAUACACGUGAUAAGAUAUACAUGAAUGGCAUCAUUAAAGGUACUUCUCAAAUUUAUCUGCUUUCUAAUGGUAAGUGGGAUAUACGUGUAUCUGUUGUGACUGGCCUAUGUUUUUAAAAAGUUCUGAAAUGAAAGUGUCAUAUAUUUACUGUUCCGUCUGUGAGAUGCUUUAGACUUGUUCUAAUUACAUCGCUGACUGAUUACUUCGGUCGAAUAUUUUACUUUUUGGAAAACGUGUUCUCCACUGCUGUUCGUUUUAUGGUGGGGGCCUUUUAGCUGGUGUAAUCAAGCUUAUCGUAGAUCAUUUUUGCCCUUUUGUAAAUUUGUGUACACGUGAACAAGUCGCCCUGAUAUUCUGCGAGCAUGGUGUCAUUUUUCCAUGACAGAAUGUAAUAAAGACCCGCUCCACUGAAA